GCAGGAUUGUGAUGGAAACAUGCACAGCCCUAACCUCUGUACUACGGGAAGAUUACUUGAAGACACCAUCGACUAUCUCUGAGUGGAAGGCUGUUGCUAAAGACUUUGCGGACAAGUGGCACUUUCCACAUUGCUUAGGAGCCAUUGAUGGGAAACACAUAUUCAUUCAACCCCCUGCCAAGAGUGGAAGCAUGUUUCACAACUACAAAUCUAGGUUUUCCAUUAUUCUUAUGGCUGUAGUUGAUGCCAACUACAAGUUCUUGUAUGCCAGCGCUGGGACACAGGGAAGGGUGUCUGAUGCUGGAGUAUUUGCCCAUUCCGACCUGAAACAUGCGAUGGACACAGGCAUGCUGAGCUUCCCCCCUGCUGAUACCUUGCCACACACUGAUGCCAUGAUGCCAUAUAUGUUGGUUGGAGAUGAAGCUUAUCCCCUACGAGCAGAUCUAAUGAAACCAUAUCCUUUACGCAAUCUCAACCAAAAUCAGAGAAUCUACAACUACCGUCUUUCAAGAGCACGGCGUGUGGUAGAAAAUGCUUUUGGAAUUCUUGCUAAUCGAUUCAGAGUAUUCAGAACAACAAUUUGCCUGGAUCCUGACAAGGUUGUCACUAUCCUCUUUGCAUGUCUUUGUUUGCACAACUUCCUCCGCCACCACAGCGCUGAUGCCUAUGUACCACCUGGCUACAUAGACUGCGAAGAUGCCAAUCAUCAGUUGAUGGAAGGAGCAUGGAGAAGGGAGGGAGGGCUUCAGUCUGUUUCCAUGGGCCAAGCUAGGAACCCUUCAGUUGAAGCAAAGAAACAACGAGAUGUCCUUUGCCAGUACUUUGUGUCACCUGCAGGAAGUGUAUCUUGGCAAGAACACAUGGUGUAGGCCAAAGUUAAGACAAAUCUGAUGUGAAUCAAUCGGUAGCCCUAUUGUUUGAGAUAACAGAGGACUGUGUGUGAACUCUUUGACUUCCAGCAACGGGGCUAUGGAUGGAUUCAAACCUCAUUUCUCCUUACUGUGAAGAAUUUUUUUGGUUUAUGAGAAUUUUGAAAUGAAAAUUCACAAAAUGUAAAGAAAGGUUCUUUUUUUCUUUAUUUUUGGAAACACUAACUUGGUAACACAUACUUAAAUAUUUUUUCUUUUUGUAUAAAAACUGAGGUAUGAAAUAAAUAACACAAAUAAUUCCCUUUGUAAUUACUAGCAUAAAUAAAUCUACCUCUGUGGGGCAUCACAACAAUGACUUGUUUUGUGAAAAUAAAAAAAUAUUUUUUUCGAUUCACAGAA